UCCAAAGCGUUUCUCGAUGUUUCAGAUAUUUGUAAAUAAUUGAAUUAAAUAUCAAAUAAUAAUCAUGAGCCUCUCAUUAAAGGAGACGUAUAUGAAAUAUAAAGUGUGUGUUAUUUGCAACGUUCCGCAGUCACAGGCGCCAGGAGUUCUAUAUGCCAAGUUUCCGCAGAAUGUAAAUCGCUGUCGGAGAUGGUUAAGAGUGAUCGGUGACGUGAAGCUCCUCCAACUCUCCUUAAAGAAGCUUCAGUACCGCUUUGUCUGUGGUAACCACUUCCUCCCCCACCAUUACACUAAAAGCGGCAAGCAUUUGACGAAAGACGCAAUACCAUCAUUGUUCCCUCACACCAUCAAGCCGCUUAAAAAGGCUGUAGUCAAAUUGUUUCCCAUGCCUAUGCACAGGACUAGCGAUAAGAUUUUACUCAAAUGCAGUCAGAGGAUUGUGCCCAUAACACCAAGUUUAAAGAACAAUUCCCCAAAUCCAGUAUAUGAAUACUUAGAAAACGAAUUUGAAAUGCAUAUGGAUCCAGAUGCUCCUGAAGUCUCUGAGCAUUUAAUAUCACCGAAAAAGGAAUCAUUGAGCCCCGCUCUUCAAGAAUGUCUACCCAAGAUAAUCCCGAUACUACACCAGAACUUGCCUCCCAAUUCGCAGACCACAGAAAUAUACACCAUCAACAAGGACCGCCAAGUCAUACCGAUCACCACCAAAGUGCUCAACGAUGGCAAAGAAUGUGUAAUAGAGUUUUCACAAAAGAAGAUACCUGUAGUUCCUAAACAGCCAAAAGUGAUACCUGUCAGUGACAAGGUGUUGUCCACGAUCCUAAAGAAAGACGUUGAUGUGAAGAUAGAACCAAUUACCGAACAUUACAACACUUUGAUAGAGCCAAAACAAAAUCAAAGAGAAGAGGAACUGCAACGCAAAAUCGUAAAACUACAGCGAAGAAACAAACAACUAAAACGGAUUCUCAAAAACAUCUACUUAGUAGACGAAGUUCAGUCGCCUAACAUAAGGAGGGUCAUAAAAAAAGCUGUAUACAAUAAACAAUUAAAAGAAGGAAUCAAUGAGUUUACUCAUGAGAAGCAAAUGGCAGCGGCCAUUUUGAAAAGGGCUUUGUCUGCGUACCACUAUUUGAGUUGCUUGAUGCCCCUGCCUAGUGUGUGUGCGUUGGAGAAAAUAGCUAAAGGAGUCCCUGUGACAAGCAAAACUACGAAGUGUAGACAUUUGUUGUGAAAUGGUGAAAUUAUGCGGAAAUCCUGGAAGUGCGAAAGUGUUUAUACGGUAGUUUGAGAUUAGCAUGAUUAUGAUGAAACUAUUUUAACACGAUUUUUAUUGUAAAAUCUAAUGUUAUUAAUAAAUUUAAUUAUUACUAGU